GAGCAAGUGACGGAAAUGCGUGUCAAUUUCACGCAGGCUGGCGCUGGCAUGUUCAAGGCCAUUCGGGGGGCCGCACUGUCCCCUGCACGCCCCGCCUCCCAAUGGCUGCACUCACUUGCUAUUUUGAUUAACUCGGUCUUUGACUCCUCUUUUGUAAUUGACAAAACUCCUAGCUACUUAAUCAGUGCCCCCAACAUCAUUCACAUCGGGGUGAAGGAGAGCGUUGCUAUCCAGUUGGAUGGAGCAGAAAAUCCCGUCAAGGUCAAAGUUUAUUUAUUCGAUGUGACGGGCUCCAGAAAGCUUUCCAAGGAUGUUGAUUUUGAACUAACGGCAGGAAAUGGUUACCGUCAAAUCAAAGACAUUGCCGCUUCCGCUAAUCUCAUGAAGGAGGUUAACAUUAUGAAACGUAAAGACAAAUACAUUUCUCUUGCUGCUGAAUGCCCGCAACUCUUUACAGGAAGGAGAAUGGUUCCAAUCCUACUAUCAACAAAAAAGGGUUACAUAUUCAUUCAGACUGACAAGCCAAUAUACACGCCCGGUGAAAAUGUGCGUUACAGGAUCUUUACUCUGGAUCAAUAUAUGAGACCAGUGAGCGAGACGAUUAAAAUAACUACAUAUAAUUCCAGAAAUGUGCAGUUUCCCAGCAAGAUCAUGCGGUCGGGAGAAGUGUUCAGUCGCCACAUAAAAAUCCCGGAUAUCGCCGAGCCUGGCAUUUGGAGGAUUGAGGCUCAAUUUGAGGAUUCACCAAUGUCCAAGGAAUCCGCACGAUUUGAGGUCAAGGAAUUCGUCCUCCCCAGUUUCAAAGUCGAGAUUGAGUGCCAGGAAAAAUAUUACCUCAUAACGAAGGACGAAUUCAAGUGCAAACUUUCGGCAGACUACACAUUCGGAAAACCUGUGGAAGGCAUGGCUUAUGUGAGAUUUGGGACUGUUGAUGAAACAGACAAGACUGAAUAUCUUCGGGGACUGGAACAAACAGAACAGGUCAAGCAUGGAGAAGCAGAGAUUUCCCUAACAACGGCAAAUCUCCUGGAAAGAAUCAAACCUUUGCAAAUGAAGGAUCUUGUGGGUCACAAUAUGUAUUUGGCGGUCACUGUUUUCGAAACAUCCAGUGGAGAAAUGGAAGAAGUCGAAAUCAAAAACAUCAAGUUUGUUUCCUCGCCGUAUGCAAUCGAUUUAUCAAAGACCAGCGGUUACUUCAUCCCAAAAGUUCCAUUCACUGUGUUGGCACAGGUAACAUAUCCUGAUGGGUCUCCUGCCUCAGGCGUACCUGUGAAAUUGGAAGGAAAACAGCCACAAAAUACAGAGGAGAAUGGCCAGGUCAUGCUAAUAAUGCAGUCUCCUGCGGAUGCUGACACCUUUGAAAUUAAGGUGACAGCUGGGAAUGAUGCAGAAAUAAUGGAAGCAAAGAAAACUGUGAGAAUCUACCAAUCCAACAGCAAGAGCUACCUCCACGUCAAUGUGCCACACGACGUAUUAGAUCCAGGUAGCUCAUUCUCUGCAGAUCUAGCAGCGGUCACUUCAAUAGGUAGUGAAAAUGUCAAGUAUUACUACUACAUGAUCAUUAGCAAAGGCACCAUCCUUAAAAUGGAUAGAAUUCAGAAAACGGAAAUCACAAAACUUUCCUUCCCACUGAGUACCACCAUGGUUCCCGCGUUCCGGCUGGUCAUCUACUAUUACAUCAAUGUCGGUGGCAAAACAGAGAGGGUGGCAAAUUCUGCCUGGAUCGAUGUUAAGGAUGUCUGCGAAGGCAAGAUUACACUAAAAGGUAUGACCAAGGAGUACUAUAACCCGGGAGGAAAAGCUAACCUGUUUGUCGAGACUGAAGACAACGGAAACGUGUACCUUGCCAUUGUUGACACCGCGAUCUACAUCCUCAACAACAAGAACAAGCUUACAGCAAAGAAAGUAAGUGGUUUAAUGCACGGAGCUUUGGGAGGACCUAAUGUUUUGUUCUGUAAAAUACAUCAAUUUACAAUAACCUCUCCCUAUUCUACCAUUGGGUAUGAUUUGAGCCUGAAAGAAGCCUCUGGAGGUCACUGGAGGCAUGAUAUCCUGUCAGUUUCUAGACACAUGAGACAUUUCAUUAUUAAUCAACAAUGUAAUCUCUUUACAGGAUAUUCCUGCAAAACGGGUGACAGUAGGAUGAAAAGAUCUUUGGACAUUCAAGCACAGUACGUGGGAAAAGUAAGCCACUAUACCAACAGCAGCCUAAGGAAGUGCUGUACGGAUGGGAUGACUGAAAUUCCAAUGAAGACUGCCUGCGGAGAACGAGCAAAACGCAUCGAAGAGGAAGAAUGCAGAAAGGCGUUUCUCACCUGCUGUGACUUUGCUGUGGAACUGAGGAAGAACCAGUCACAGAAGGUGGACCUGGUGGGAAGGACUGCGGGAGAUUAUGAAGAUGACUUCUUUGAUGAGUCCAGUGUCCGCAUUCGUAGCAACUUCCCGCAGACCUGGCAAUGGAGAACCUAUUCCGGUUUGAGGAAAGGAGAGAAUAAGUUGGUCCUCAACCUUCCGGAUUCCAUCACAACUUGGGAAAUUCAGGCGGUUGGCAUGUUUAGGAACAAAGGUUUUUGUGUUGCGGAGCCAAAGAAAAUGAAAGUCUUCCGGCCAUUCUUCAUACAUUUGAGGCUCCCAUAUUCGGUCAAAAGAAAUGAACAAUUGGAAGUGAGAGCAAUAUUGUACAAUUACCUUGCUGAGGAUAUUGAGAUCAAGAUAUACAUGAAGCCUGUAGAUUCCCUUUGCAGUCCUGCCACAGGCGAGAAAAAUGCAAGAACUGUCAUCGUUCAAGCGAACUCGGCCUAUCCUAUCUACUUCUCUGUUGUCCCACUAGCCAUCGGCACCAUUCCAAUUUCUGUGGUGGCAUACAGCAAUGCAGGAAUGAUAAGUGACGCCAUUACAAAGAACCUCAAAGUGGUGGGAGAAGGGGUGAUGAAAACAGAAGAAAGAAGCAUUGCUAUUAAUCCAAAUGGGAGGAGUGCCUAUGAGAUCUUUGAAGAAAUACCUUCCAACAUGGUUCCAGACACCAAUUCCUACCUUUACAUUCGUGCCAGAGGUGAAAUGAUGGGAGAGUCAGUGGAGAACUGUUUAACGCCAGAGGGAAUCGACCUGCUCAUCCGACAGCCCAAGGGGUGCGCCGAGCAAACAUCAAUGUACAUGUCACCGACUGUCUUUGCUGUUAGGUAUCUAGAUAAAAGCGAGCAGUGGCUCAACCUGAAAGCUGAAAGGAAAGAUGAAGCCAUUCAACAUAUCGAAGCAGGGUACAAUAGAAUACUGGAGUUCAAAAAGUCAGAUGGUUCCUACGGAGCGUGGCUAAAUCGCCCCAGUAGUACAUGGCUAACAGCGUUUGUGGUUAAGAUACUCUCGAUUGUUCGGACUCAGAUUCAGGUCAACGAAGAGCACAUUCAACAAUCCGCCUUGUAUUUGGUCAAAGGUCAGAGGCCAACCGGAUACUUUGUCGAUCCCAAACCAGUGAUUCACAGAGAAAUGCAGGGUGGAAUUGGUGGAGCCGAAAGCAAAAUUGCCUUGACUGCCUUCGUUACCAUAGCACUGCAACAUUCCCUGCCUUCAUUUCUGCCAGAGUCUGAAAAGGAGCAGCAAGUGAAAAACAGCAUUCAGAUGGCUUUUAACUACCUCUCAAAUGAACUUGACAAUAUCCAGCGACCCUACGUGUUGGCCAUUACCGCUUAUGCUCUUGCCUUGGUGAAUCUUGAAAGUUCGGAGGCUCUUAUUGCAAAUGACAAACUGAGAAAAAUUGCAAUUUACGAUAAAGAAAAUGGAACCCGUCACUGGAAGGCUGAUGAGAAAAUGUUGUACAUUGGGGAACAACAACUGGGCAAGGUGCCCCGGGCCUCAGCUAUAACUGUGGAGGCCACCUCAUAUGCGUUGCUGCUGGCCUUACUCAUGGAAGACCUCCACUACGCAAACACCAUUGCAAAAUGGCUGACGGAACAGCGGAACUACAAUGGUGGAUUCCGUUCCACUCAGGACACAGUUUUAGCCCUGGAAGCUCUGGCAGAGUACAGCAUUGCGAGCUAUCAAGAAGACGAAGUAGAUAUUACAUUCACAUUCAGCAGCCCUAGCAGAAGCGGUUCAGAGAAAGUUGCAGUAAAGGGGAAAAACGCUCUGGUUCAGGAGCAACUGAAGUUCCCCCUGGGAGAAUGUAUUAACGUGCAGCUGUCGGGCAGAGGGAAUGGAACACUCACUGUGAGAGACUCAGAUUACCCUGACUAUGGAGAUUAUGGCGCGUUGGCAGCAGACCAGCCCAUGGAUAAGAUUAGAUGGUUUGAUCUGCGUUCCCGGAGAAAGAGGGAUGCUCCAGCUAAUGAUGCAGCCACAACCCUUUAUUACGAAGUCUGUGCUUGGCAUGACCCAGAUGGUGACAACGAACAGAAGGCCUCUGGGAUGGCUAUUGUGGACAUCUCACUGCUCAGUGGCUUUGAGCCAGAAAACGCAGAUUUGGAUAAGCUGAAAAACCUCGCUGACAGGUACAUCGAUUCGUAUGAGUUCAAAGAUGGGAGGAUGCUCCUCUAUCUAAACACGGUCACAAAAUACAGAGAAUGUUUUGUAUUCGGUGCUAAGCAGAUUAUUCCCAUUGGAUUGAUACAACCAGCAAGUGCGACACUUUACGAUUAUUACAACCCAAGUAUUAAAUGCUCCAUAUUUUAUAAUGCUCCAGAACAAAGCACCAUCGUAUCAAAGCUCUGUCAGCAUGACGUUUGUGAAUGUGCUGAAGGUAGCUGCCCUCGACUGAAGAGGACAUUUACCUCGGAUGUGGACAAUGACAAACGCAUCGAUUUUGCCUGCUACACCCCAAUUGUCGAUUACGCCUAUAUAGUCCAGGUGAUCAACGUAAACACACAAGGAAGUUUCAUCAUCUACAGUGUUUCUAUUACAAGGCCCGUCAAACGUUCAAAGGAUGAGAACAUCAUGGAGAAUGACAUCCGGCACGUACUGAAACGGAAAUCAUGCUCAAUUGAGCUGCAGGUCAGGCAGUCCUACCUUUUGAUGGGAAAGGAUGGCAAGACCACGGAUCUGAGCAGGAAUAUACAGUAUAUUCUUGACUCGGACUCUUGGAUUGAAGCGAUUCCUUCUGGUGAAAGAUGCCGGGGCUCGAAUUUCAGGAAAAGCUGUGAAGAUCUAUAUAAGUUCAUUGAAACUCUUGAAAUCGAAGGCUGUCAAAUAUAAUGACAUCUGGACAUUUUGUUGCUCAUCCCUUGAGCUGCUUCCUCACUGCAAGGCGCAUGCUCUGUUCGAUAACCUGUCUGACUACAAAAUAAUCGGUCAAUGGAGGAACGUUUAAUCGAUAUACAUCUCUCAAUUGCUUCAACCUGUUCUUUGUCAUAAACUAUGAACCCGAA